AUGGCCACUUAUAUUCUCUGUCUGUCUCUGAUUCUGUUCAUCAACCAAGCUAUUCCUGCCAUGGCUGCUCAGGCCAAAGAGACUGAAAUUCCUUUGGGGGCCACAAUCAAUGCAGGCGGUGUGCAAAGUUGGGUCUCACCUCCGAGGCGCUUUGCUUUUGGCUUCUAUCCUGAUGAUGAGGGCUUCUCCAUCGGAGUCUGGCUUAUCAUCGGUGAAUCCAGAAGGAUUGUGUGGACUGCCAACCGGGAUGAUCCCCCUGUUUUUGGUGGCUCAGUUCAGUUAACUUAUGGUGGUCUUCAAUGGAUUCCAGCUAACGCUGGCAGCGAAGGGAAGUUCAUAUUCGCCACCUCUACUCAGCCUGCCUCUGCUGCGAUGACGGACAUUGGCAACUUUGUGUUGUACAACAGCCAAAAACAGGUCCUUUUGUCCACCUUUGGUUCUCCGACGGAUACCUUAUUACCAGGACAGAACCUACUUCCUGGUAGCCAGCUGUUCUCAAGUGUAUCUGAGACUAACCAUGCCACAGGGGAGUAUCGGCUUUCCAACCAGCUAGAUGGCAAUCUUGUGUUGUAUCCUGUUGAUGCAGUCGACCCUGAUAGCUCAUACUGGAAUACUGGCACCUAUGGCAAUGGCUACCUCCUCACGGUUGCUUUGGAUCCCAAUGGCACACUAUGGAUGUUCGACCAACAAACAUCAUAUACAAAUGUGUUGUUCCUCACAAACCAAUCUUCUAAAGCAGAUGUGUACUUCCAUCUGACAUUGGAUGCGGACGGUAUAUUGCGACUCUACUCCCAUGUGUUCUUUAGGCAGGGGGGAGCACCCAUGAUAGAAAUCAAAUGGCAAAAGCCUAGCAGUGAUCAGUGUGAUGUGAAAGGCGUUUGUGGUCCAAAUAGCUUCUGUCAUGAUCUGGAGAUGUCCACGGAUGGAUUUUCUAACAAGUUAGGAAGGGGCGCUUAUGGUACGGUGUUCAAAGGUGUCUUGACCAACAGUAACAAGGACAUCGCAGUGAAGAGGCUCGAGAGGAUGGCGGAAAAUGGGGAGAGAGAGUUCCAGCGGGAAGUGCGUGCAAUUGCACGAACACACCACCGUAACCUCGUGCGCUUUCUGGGAUUCUGCAACGAAGGCAUGCACCGCUUACUUGUGUAUGAGUAUUUGCCCAAUGGGUCCCUUGCGGACCUCCUGUUCAAGGCAGAUGCAGUGCCUAGUUGGAGCAGCAGGGUUGCGAUUGCGCUAGAUGUUGCAAGGGGGUUACAUUACCUUCAUGAGGAGAUAGAGGUCCCUAUAAUUCACUGUGAUAUUAAGCCAGAGAACAUACUCAUUGACAGCAGGGGGAUGGCAAAGAUAGCAGACUUUGGCCUGUCAACGCUACUAAUAGGGAACCAGACACAGACUUUCACCGGCGUGCGAGGUACACGUGGGUACCUUGCACCAGAAUGGAGCAAGAACAUGGCAAUCAGUGUGAAGGCGGACGUUUACAGCUACGGCGUCAUGCUUCUUGAGAUGAUAAGCUACAAGAAGAGCAUGGAACUGAAGCUGGCUGGUGAGGAAUGCAACAUUUCCGAGUGGGCCUACGAGUACGUGAUAUCUGGUGACUUGAAGAAUGUGGUGGCUGGGGAAUGUGUCGACGAGGUGGAGCUGGAAAGGAUGGUGAGGGUGGGCAUUUGGUGCACGCAGAAUCAGCCAGUGACCCAGCCUAGCAUGAAGAGCGUGGUUGAGAUGAUGGAAGGAAGCGCUGAAGUUCGGCGGCCUCCACCGCCUGCAUCAUUUUCACAGUCACUGAUGCGCUCUGGAAGCAGCUGA